AUGGAUCCGUCGAAGAUUGAGGCGAUCAAGAAUUGGGGAGCGCCAAAGACUCCGUCGGAGGUGCGACAAUUCUUUGGACUUGUUGGGUACUACUGGAGAUUCAUAGAGAAUUUCUCCAGGUUAGCGAAGCCUUUGACGCUAUUGACCCAGAAGGAAAGGAAGUUUCAUUGGACAGAAAAGCAGGAGGAAGCUUUUCGGAUGUUGAAGGAAAAGUUGUGUAGUGCACCUAUUCUUUCCCUUCCUAAGGGAAGUGCUGAUUUCGUUGUAUAUUGUGAUGAGUCAUGUUUGGGCCUUAGAAGCGUGCUUAUGUAG